GCGACCAGGAGCACCCCACAAGCCUUGCCGUUUCAGAGGUGCAGUGAUCCAGUCGCCUGGCCAUAACAAUUUCACCCUUGUUAAAGUCGCUCAGGUCGUUACUCCUGCAUCUAACACAUUGACUACGAGAACUGAUUGUUUGCUAGUCAUCUAAUCAACCCAGACCUUGACAUGCACCCUUUUUUUUGAAGACGAUCAACGUUAAUUCGGUGCGCCUGCGAGUGGUCGUAAUGUUUCGGCUCAUCCGUGUAUCCACACACAAAAGCAAAAGCAUUGCAGCGACAUCCAGAGGCCGUCAGACUCCGGUGGUCCGAUAAGCAUUCAGCAAUCGGCUCGGCAUCCUCGCUGUUUUACGCAAAGAAUUAUGGAGGAGCAGGCACGCAAUCUACUCGAAGAGGGGAUACGAAAAAAACUGAUUAGUCCUGGUAAAGGAGCGUUACCAACAUUCCCCGAUGGAACAAAGGUGAUAUUUCAUUACCGCACCUGUCUGUGCGAUGGGACAGUUCUGGAUGACUCCAGAACAAUGGGGGGGCGUUGCAAACCCAUGGAGCUCAUUUUAGGGAAGAAAUUCAAGCUUGCUGUCUGGGAAAGGGUAGUCAUCACCAUGAGGGAAGGGGAAGUUGCAGAGUUUACCUGUGACACAAAGCAUACAGCACUGUACCCUCUGGUGUCCCAGUCUCUGCGGAAUAUCAAUGCAGGGAAGGACCCCUUGGAGGGCCAGAGGCACUGUUGUGGCAUUGCCCAGAUCCACUCCCACCACUCUCUGGGACACAAUGACUUGGAUCACCUCCAGGCCAGUCCGCAGCCUCUCAGCUUCACCAUUGAGUUACUGCAGGUUCUGCAACCGGGAUCAUUCCAGCUGGACAUCUGGGCUAUGUCAGAUGCAGAAAAACUUAAGGUGGUGCCUGUGAUCCAUGAGGAGGGCAACACCCUCUUUAAACAGGGUCAGAUUAAACAGGCUGCAGAGAAGUACUACAACGGCAUUGCCUGCCUCAAAAAUCUACAGAUGAAGGAACAUCCUGGUGAUAAUGAAUGGAUCAAGCUAGAUCAAAUGAUCACGCCCCUGCUCCUCAACUACUGCCAGUGCCAGUUACUCCAGGGUCAAUACUAUGAAGUCAUCGAGCACUGUUCCUCCCUGCUCUUCAAAUAUGAUGACAAUGUGAAAGCCUUUUACAAGCGCGCUAAAGCCCAUGCAGCAGUGUGGAAUGAAACUGAGGCACGAGCAGACUUUGCAAAGGUGGUACAGCUGGACCCCACGCUUGGGCCCAGUGUGGCCAAAGAGCUGCGGUCGAUGGAGGAGAAGAUCCAUGCUAAGAAACUAGAGGAAAAAGACCGCUUUAAAGGCAUAUUCAGAAGCAACACACAACCAGCCACUGCCACCACGGGUUGAAUCUUUGAGUUGGAAUAAGAGAUGCUCGACUGUGAAUUUCAAGAUGGAGAAACAUCUGACAUUGCUUUCGUUUUAUCCAUGCACCGCAUUCACGUUUCCCUUUGCCACAUUGUUAUCCAUGCCACAUGCAUAAACAUUUGCACAGUCAUGACUUAAGACAUACACCUAACCCCAGCCUGCACUGAUGGUGCCAGGGUGCAAUUUGCCACAGUAAUGCUUGUGAGGAAGUUACCAACUCAUGGUUUUGAUCACCCCUUACUUUGAAUAUAACGUUAUCUCUGAUGGGGACCUGAUUUCCAGACACCUAAUUUGGUCAUUUCCUUAUUUUUAAAUGCACCUGAGGCUUUUGGAGUCUGGAGCCCCCCCAAUCUUUACGGGCCGGUAGAAUAUUUCAGUGUGCUGUGGUGUUAAACAAUGGAACUUCAAAACGUGUUAUUUUUACAUUUGUUAAUGUGUUAAUUAUCUAAUUGGCUAAAAAACAAGAUACAAUUUUGUUUCACAGCUGGAAACAUCAGAAUUCACAAUUGCUGCUGUUGAUUCUCUUAAAUGUAGCAUGGUGAUGCUGCAAACGUUAUGAAUCGUGUGGCAACUGCUUAUAAGUGUAUUAUUACUUUAUAAUCAAAGUAUGUGCAGCUGGGACUUUUUUUGUGCCCUUGCUGAGCCAUACUCCACUGGAUAAUCACGUGCGAUCUACAUUAACCCACAAAUUGCCUCAUAGACAGAUACACACACCUUUAUGUUGUACUGUUUAGCCCACUUUACAUCUUUGUUCACCCAGCAGAGGCAAUUUCAUGAGAAGGAGACUAUAUCUUUUCCAGUUGGGACUGGGAAAAUGUUGUGACAAUCGUAGCGUAAUCUAUUAUUCUCAAUAUCUUUGUCUUAUUUCUUGUAUACUAUGUGAUUUACAUAUCUUGUAUACUAUGUGAUUUACAUAUGAAAUAUUCAUUGACAACCUAUAUUAUAUAACUCCAUACCAUUGCAUUUUUAAAAAAGUUAUUCAGUGAGAAAACUUAGCAUGGCCUUUUGACCGAAAACUUGCUCAUUACCCUACAUAAGCAGUUAUAAGGCCACACUGAUUGAGGUGAUGUGUAAACGAAUUGUGACUGACUGUAACUGAUAAUAAAUAUGUUAAUACCUUUGCUUCACAUAAAGUUCCUGAAC